AUGGAAAGACUCUGCUAGCAAGAAUAAAUAGCGAGCUGGCCUGAAAAUUUAAAGAAACUAUAAAACUUACAAGGCAAGUGUAUUGAAGAGGCCUAAAAAUACUUACAAAUAUAUAUAAAGAAUUGCCAGCUGAGGUGGUUUGUUGGAACUAAAACAAAUGACAACUUAUUUUGCUUGGGCUAUAUAAUUGGAUAGGAGACAGUUGCCUAGGAUAAAGCACAUAUUCCUAAAAUUUCUGGUCAUUGGCGGUUAGACUGGGAUGAGACUUAUAAUUUACACGUGAAUUUUGAAGUUGGUAAAGGCAUCGAUAGAGUAAAAGUUCAUUUAUAUGUUAUGAAAGGUGAAAAUACAAGCUAGCAGGAUUUGACAGAGGCCAUUAAACUAGGCUUAUGGGGAACUUACACUGCAAAGCACCUAAAAGAAGCUGACUCUGAUUCUGUUAGGUAACAGAUGAAAGACAUUGUAUCUAGGAAAGCUGGUACAGAAUUAGCUGAAAGGAUUAAUAAAAUUUGGAUUUAUUUCUAUCAAGGAAUAUAUGGUAAUAUAUGUGAAAAAGAAAAGUGA